CGAGGUCUCCUGGAAGAAACCCAGUGCCAUUGCCGGUCUCCGUCCUCCAUGGCCGCCACGCUGCUCGCCCGGGCCUGCGGCCCCGUCCGCGGAGCUCUCCGGCCUCAGGACUGGCGUUGCUUACAUACCAUCUACCAGUCUGUGGAACUGCCUGAGACACACCAGAUGCUUCGUCAGACGUGCCGGGACUUUGCUGAGAAGGAGCUCUUUCCCAUCGCGGCCCAGUUGGACAAGGAACAUCGCUUUCCGGCGGCUCAGGUGAAGAAGAUGGGUGAGCUGGGGCUCAUGGCCGUGGAUGUGCCCGAGGAGUUUGGCGGUGCCGGCCUCGAUUACCUGGCCUACGCCAUUGCUGUGGAGGAGAUCAGCCGGGGCUGCGCCUCCACUGGGGUCAUCGUGAGCGUCAACAACUCCCUCUACUUGGGGCCUAUCCUGAAGUUUGGCUCCAAGGAGCAGAAGCAGCAGUGGGUCACUCCUUUCACCAGUGGCGACAGAAUUGGCUGCUUUGCCCUCAGUGAACCAGGGAACGGCAGCGACGCGGGGGCCGCCGCCACCACUGCCUGGGCAGACGGUGACUCGUGGGUCCUGAGUGGCACCAAAGCCUGGAUCACCAACUCCUGGGAGGCCUCGGCCGCCGUGGUCUUCGCCAGCACGGACAGAUCCUUGCAGAACAAGGGCAUCAGUGCCUUCCUGGUUCCCAUGCCAACGCCUGGGCUCACGCUAGGGAAGAAGGAAGACAAGCUGGGCAUCCGGGCCUCAUCCACUGCCAACCUCAUCUUCGAGGACUGUCGCAUCCCCAAGGACAACCUGCUGGGGGAACCGGGGAUGGGCUUCAAGAUUGCCAUGCAAACCCUGGACAUGGGCCGAGUCGGCAUCGCCUCCCAGGCCCUGGGCAUCGCCCAGGCUGCCCUCGACUGUGCUGUGAACUACGCCGAGAACCGCACGGCCUUCGGGGCGCCCCUCACCAAGCUGCAGGUCAUCCAGUUCAAGUUGGCGGACAUGGCCCUGGCCCUGGAGAGUGCCCGGCUGCUGACCUGGCGCGCUGCGGUGCUGAAGGAUAACAAGAGGCCUUUCAUCAAGGAGGCUGCAAUGGCCAAGCUGGCUGCAUCGGAGGCCGCAACUGCCAUCACCCACCAGGCCAUGCAGAUCCUGGGUGGCAUGGGCUACGUGACAGAGAUGCCAGCCGAGCGGCACUACCGUGAUGCUCGCAUCACUGAGAUUUAUGAAGGCACCAGUGAGAUCCAGAGGCUGGUGAUCGCCGGGCACCUGCUCAGGAGCUACCGGAGCUGAACCCUCGGUAGGGCCGACAGUGCCUGCCGGGAUCCGGGCUGGCCUGAGGACCAGGGGAAAGUGGGCAGGAGCCACGUGGCCUUCCCCCUGACUCCCUGUCA